AAUGUAGUUAAUUCUGUGGUAAUAACUCAGUGCCCUCUCUAGGUGAAGCAGAUCGAAAAGCGUGACUCUGUUUUAACACCGAAAAACCAGAUUGAGAGAUUGACCCGGCCUGGAUCCUCUUAUUUCAACCUGAAUCCAUUUGAAGUCUUGCAGAUGGAUCCUGAGGUCACAGAUGAAGAAAUAAAGAAGAGGUUUCGGCAGUUAUCCAUAUUGGUACAUCCUGACAAAAAUCAGGAUGAUGCUGAAAGAGCACAGAAAGCCUUUGAAGCUGUGGACAAAGCAUACAAGUUGCUACUGGACCAGGAGCAAAAGAAGAGAGCCUUGGAUGUGAUACAGGCAGGGGAAGAGGAUGUGGAACAUACUGUGAAAGAGAAAAAGAAGCUGCUAAAGAAGGAAGGAAAGCCAACCAACGUUGAGGAGGAUGACCCGGAAGUAUUCAAACAGGCUGUGUACAAGCAGACGAUGAAGCUCUUUGCUGAACUGGAAAUUAAAAGGAAAGAAAGAGAAGCUAAAGAGAUGCAUGAAAGGAAGCGACAGAGAGAGGAGGAAAUUGAAGCCCAAGAGAAAGCCAAGCGAGAGCGAGAAUGGCAGAAAAACUUUGAGGAGAGUCGGGAUGGUCGUGUGGACAGCUGGAGAAACUUCCAGGCAAAUACAAAAGGGAAGAAAGAAAAGAAAAACAGGACCUUCUUGAGACCCCCCAAAGUAAAAAUGGAGCAGCGCGAAUGAGUCUGGCAGCAACUAUGCACGAGCAAGUCUCCUCUGCCCCUCCCGCUUUUAAGGACUUACUGGCCUCUAGAGUAAUACUUGCUUUUCGGUAGAUUGCUUUGUUCAGUACAAUUGAAUAUUGGUCAAAAGUAUUUUUUGUACUCUGUACAUUGAAUUAGGGCCAUGUUAUAAAAUCAGUCAUGAACCAGCUGCUCGUAGAAUAACUGGCUUAUGAGGGUCCCGCUCUUGUUACUGUCCUGUUGGUUUGCAGCCCUGUAAUUUAAUGUUUUGUCCUUCAGAGAUUGUGUUGUUCCUCCACCUUCAUGUAUAGUUUUGUGAGAGUCGAAUUGAACGAGAUGCUGAAAUGGUGCCUGUCACAUUCCCGGGCCUUGCCCUCAGCGAGUCAAACUUUGGAAACUGUCUACCAGCGGGGAGUCAUUUGCCAGCUUGACGUGCAUGGGGGGCUUGAACCUGCCUUGGAGUUGUGCAGUUAAAUCUCCUGUAGCCUCCCCCCCCACACCCCACGUCACCUCACAUCACCUCACCCCACCCCACCCUAAGCGUGUGGUGCUGAAAGCCACAGCCUGUAUCUGACUCCUAAGCUGCAGUCUCUUGGCUCUCCUGUUCAGAGCUUUGGGAAUCUGACUUGCUAGUCACCUUCUGUAAAGAAACCUCUUUUCUCUUGUUGAAUAGUCAGCAGCGAUGUUCUGUAUGUAAAAUAAAUUUUUACCCAGAU